UAACAUUGUCUCGGAGAAGAAGCUCUUAUCCAGCGUGGCACUAUUUUUUAUACAAAAAGCAGUCUCAGGAUUUAGUCGUUGAGACUUUAAUUUUGGGGGCACGAAAUAGACCCAACAGAAGCUCUUAUGUAACUCCCUGAGGAUCCACGGAUUUACAUCUUUUUGAAAAUCGUGGGAUUGUGGUUCAUUUUGUCGACGCGCCGGAUACAGUUUGACGCCGAUAGAGAGGCUCAACUCCAGCCCAAUCGUCCUGACAUGGACACAGGAAUUAUACCUGAAAAGAAAAGGGUGAGCUCAGAGCGCAGGAAGGAGAAGUCGAGGGAUGCAGCGAGAUGCCGUCGUGGAAAGGAGUCAGAGGUGUUCUAUGACCUGGCCAAGCAGCUGCCCCUCCCCCACAGCACCGGCUCGAGCCUGGACAAGGCCUCCAUCAUGAGGCUGACCAUCAGUUACCUGCGCAUGAGAAAACUACUCUGCACAGAUGAACCAAUGGUAGAGAAUGAAACCGAGCUCGAUAUUCAGCUAAACGGCUUCUACCUAAAGGCACUGGAAGGCUUUCUAAUGGUGCUGUCUGAAGAUGGAGAUAUGAUCUAUCUCUCCGAGAAUGUCAACAAGUGCCUCGGGCUUGCACAGUUUGACCUGACUGGACACAGUGUGUUUGACUUCACACAUCCCUGUGAUCAGGAGGAGCUGAGAGAGAUGCUCAUCUACAGAACAGGCUCUAAGAAAGUCAAGGAACCAAAUACAGAGCGGAGCUUCUUUGUCCGGAUGAAAUGCACCCUGACGAGCAGGGGCCGCACCGUCAAUGUUAAGUCCGCUACGUGGAAGGUGCUUCAUUGCUCGGGUCGUGUGCACGUUCAUGACAGUCACGCUGAGCCGACCACCGAGGGGCAGAAGGAGCCUCCGGUCCCAUACCUGGUUCUGAUCUGUGAUCCCAUCCCCCACCCUUCCAACAUCGAGGUCCCUUUGGACACGAAGACCUUUCUCAGCCGUCACACGAUGGAUAUGAAGUUCACAUACUGUGAUGACAGGAUCACAGAACUCGUGGGUUAUGAUCCAGAGGACCUGCUGAAUCGGUCUGUGUAUGAGUACUAUCACGCUCUGGACUCGGACCAUCUUACCAAAACGCACCACCACUUGUUUGCUAAGGGCCAGGUCACCACGGGUCAGUACCGAAUGUUGGCAAAAAGAGGGGGCUUUGUAUGGGUGGAGACACAGGCCACCGUCAUCUACAACAAUAAGAACUCACAGCCACAGUGUGUCGUGUGCGUCAACUUUGUGCUCAGCGGGAUCCAGGAGAACCAACUAAUCCUGUCUUUGGAGCAAACUCAGGAUGUGAAGCCGGUGAAGGACGAAGAAGAAGAAGAAGAAGAAGAAAAUGUUGAGAUUGAGAGCAGCAUCACUGUCCUGGUGAAGAAAGAGGAGAAGACUCCACAGCUGGAUGUGGUCAAGCUCUUCACAGAGAUGGUGGGGCCUGGACCAGUGGGCACCCUCUACGAACGGUUCAAGCAUAAUUCUGAGGCUCUCACCCAGCUGGCACCAGCAGCUGGGGACACAUUCAUCUCGCUGGACUUCAGCUGUCCUGGUACAGAAUCGAACGUCCACGUGCUGAAAGAUGAUCCCCUCUACAGUGACGUGAUGCUGCCCUCCACAAGCGACAAGUUGACUCUGCCUUUGUCCCCUCUGCCCCCAAGUGAGGCUUUUACUGUCUCCAACACCCCCUCUGAGGAGGUAAAGUCUGAGAACUUUGCUCCAGCCCCAACCACCACUCCUCCCCACGUUUCUUCUGAGGCAGAAAAUCCUUUAGGCUUUUCUUUCCCCAUAGAUUCAGACAUGAACUCAGAUUUCAAACUAGACUUGGUGAAGUUUUUUGCCGUUGACCCAGAAUCCAAACCCCACUUUAAUACACAGCCAAUGGAGGACUUGGAUCUGGAGAUGCUGGCGCCCUACAUCCCCAUGGAUGACGACUUCCAGCUGCGCUGCCUCACUCCGGACGAGCCUCUCACUUGUGGACCAGUCAAAUCUCUUGAGACGUCUCCAGUCCUCAUCAAACAGGAAGCCCACAGCUAUCCCAAAUCUCUAUUCAGUCCUUCAGACAGUCGCACAGUUUCUCCAGCACCACCAGAGCCUGUCAGUACGCUGUCUCCAGCCACCAUAGACUUGGCUAGGGCUCCUGACGUGGAGAAAACCGUGUCCCUCAGAACGCCGGCAGCUCAGAAGACGCAGCGUAAAAGAAAACUGAGUGAACUCAAAGAGAUGAUUGAACAGGGAAAUUUGCCCCUAGAUCAACUUGAGAAGGGCAAAAAGCUGAAGGCGACAGAGCCAGGAGUAACCGUACUUCUUCUGCCUUCAGACGUGGCGAGUCGAUUGCUCGCCACCUCUUCAGACAGCACCAGCCCCCUCUCUACCCUGCCACAUCUCACCAGCUACGACUGCGAGGUGAACGCCCCCUUGCAGGGCCGUCAGUACCUGCUACAGGGGGAGGAGCUGCUGCGUGCUCUGGACCACGUCAACUGAGUCCGUACUUUACUGCUGGACUAGACUGGACACUACAAUUAGUCCCCCACAUUGUCACUCCCUCUCCAAGAACCCCACCUACUUAACCCCACUGCCACUUCUGUAUGAGUUCGACCUAUAGUUUGGCUGCUGUUUGUGCACAUUGUUUGAUAUUUGCAGCAUUCCACCGUGACAAACACCAUAGCAGCGUUUUGGUUUAAGAAAUUCAGGCAUCAUACAACAUAAUUUUUUUAUUUUUAUUCCUCUUCUGGGGAGUCUCAGCACACAGCGCCUUGACGGAUGACCCUUCUCCAGCAGGUCAGAGCCUGGCGCUACUGCCAGCAGUGUAUUGUAAGCUUCGGUCGCACAACUUCUAUUUUCUUAAGAAGAAAAAAAAUAUUACCAGCAAUAUAUAUUAAGCCUUUUUAAAGUAGAUUUAAUGGAAUACGAACAGUUUUUUUUCCUCCCAUACUUGUAUGUUGUAGUACUCGUACCUAAAAGAUUUCUUUAAUCCAAAAGUUAAAAAAAAAACCAGUUUAAACCGUAAGUGGUUUGAAUGUUCUCUCCAGUUAAUAGCUGUGUUUGAGCUAAAAAUGUUUAAUUGUGUAGCCCAGUACAUGUCACUUUAUUAUUUCACUGUAAGUGUGUGUUACUGUACAUAUACCAGGGAAAUUUGAAAUGUACUUAAUAUGGCUUCACGGCUCAGUGAAAUCAGCUUUUUCACAUUCGUUUCCUUUCUUAUGCAGGAUUGGGAUUUAUUUUUUUUACAUGAAGUGGAUUCAUGUUGUCAGUUAUUUGUGUGACAUGCUCAAAGCAAUUUAAAAUUGAAUCUUUUGCUCAUCAUUGUCAUCAUAGCAACCUUUGUAAUAGUGACUUAUUUACUCACUGAAUGGUAGUUUAAAUACCAUUGCUCUUUUGCCAUA